AUGGUAAUUAAUUUAAUAGCUUCUCUUUCCCAAUCAUAUCUUUUCCAUCCUUCUUUCCCAUUUGUUGUCCUAUCCUCUUUCCUAUUUGUUCUUUUUUACCAUUUGUUCUUCUCUUGUCUUUCCAAGUUGUUGUUCACUUCUCUUCUCUUGCCCCCCCGUUUCUUCUUCUCUUCCCCCCAUUUGUUGUUCUCUUUUCCCCCAUUUGUUCUUCUCUCCCCCGUUUGUCUUCUUCCCCCCCGUUUGUUCUUCUCUUCCCCCCCCUUCUUCUUUCCCCCGUUUGUUCUUCUUCCCCCCGUUUGUUCUUCUCUUCCCCCCCGUUUGUUCUUCUCUCUUCCCCCAUUUGUUCUUCUCUUUUUUACCCCCAUUUGUUCUCCCCCCCCCAUUCUCUCCCCCGUUUGUUCUUCUCCCCCCAUUUGUUUCUCCCCCGUUUUUCUUCUCUCAUCCCCCAUUUCCCCCCGUUUUUCUUUCCCCCCGUUUUUCUUUUCCCCCGUUUUUCUUCUCUUCCCCACCGUUUGUUCUUCUCUUUUCCUCCCCAUUUUUUUCUCUCCCCCCCCGUUUAUUCUUCUUUUUUUCCCCGUUUGUUCUUCUUUUCCCCCCCCGUUUGUUCUUCUCUUUUUUCCCCGUUUGUUCUCUCUUUUUCCCACCCGUUUGUUCUCUUUUCUUUUUUUCCCCAUUUGUUCUUCUCUUUUUUUCCCGUUUGUUCUUCUUUUUUUUUUUCCACCCGUUUGUUCUUCUUUUUUCCCCACCCGUUUGUUCUUCUCUUUUUUUCCCCAUUUGUUCUUCUUUUUUCCACCCGUUUGUUCUUCUCUUUUUUUUCCCCGUUUGUUCUUCUCUUUUUUCCACCCGUUUGUUCUUCUCUUUUUUUCCACCCGUUUGUUCUUCUCUUUUUUUCCACCCGUUUGUUCUUCUCUUUUUUUCCACCCGUUUGUUCUUCUCUUUUUUUCCACCCGUUUGUUCUUCUCUUUUUUUCCCCCGUUUGUUCUUCUCUUUUUUUCCCCCCGUUUGUUCUUCUCUUUUUUCCCCCGUUUGUUCUUCUCUUUUUUUCCCCGUUUUGUUCUUCUCUUUUUUCCCACCCGUUUUGUUCUUCUUCUUUUUUCCACCCGUUUGUUCUUCUCUUUUUUUUUUCCACCGUUUGUUCUUCUCUUUUUUCCCCCCCCGUUUGUUCUUCUCUUUUUUUCCACCCGUUUGUUCUUCUCUUUUUUUCCACCCAUUUGUUCUUCUCUUUUUUUCCUUUUUUUACCCGUUUGUUCUUCUCUUUUUUCCUCCGUUUGUUCUUCUCUUUUUUUCCACCCGUUUGUUCUUCUCUUUUUUCCACCGUUUGUUCUUCUCUUUUUCCACCCGUUUGUUCUUCUCUUUUUUCCCCCGUUUGUUCUUCUCUUUUUUUUCCCCCUUUGUUCUUCUCUUUUUUCCCCCGUUUGUUCUUCUCUUUUUUCCACCCGUUUGUUCUUCUCUUUUUUCCCCCGUUUGUUCUUCUCUUUUUUCCCCCGUUUGUUCUUCUCUUUUUUUUCCCCGUUUGUUCUUCUCUUUUUUCCAUCCGUUUGUUCUUCUCUUUUUUUCCCCGUUUGUUCUUCUCUUUUUUUCCCCCAUUUUUCUUCUCUUUUUUUCCCCGUUUGUUCUUCUCUUUUUUUCCCCAUUUGUUCUUCUUUUUUUCCCCAUUUGUUCUUCUUUUUUUUCCCAUUUGUUCUUCUUUUUUUUCCCCGUUUGUUCUUCUCUUUUUUCCCCCACUUGUUCUUCUUCUUUUUUUUUCCGUUUGUUCUUCUUUUUUCCACCCGUUUGUUCUUCUCUUUUUUCCCCCAUUUGUUCUUCUCUUUUUUUCCCCGUUUGUUCUUCUUUUUUUCCCCCGUUUUUCUUCUCUUUUUUCCCACCCACGUUUGUUCUCUCUUUUUUCCACCGUUUUCUUCUUUUUUCCACCCGUUUGUUCUUCUCUUUUUUCCCCCCGUUUGUUCUUCUUUUUUUUUUUCCCCGUUUGUUCUUCUCUUUUUUUCCCAUUUGUUUUUUCUCUUUUUUUCCCCCGUUUGUUCUUCUCUUUUUUCCCCCGUUUGUUCUUCUUUUUUUCACCCGUUUGUUCUUCUCUUUUUUCCACCCGUUUGUUCUUCUCUUUUUUCCCCCCAUUUGUUCUUCUCUUUUUUUCCCCGUUUUGUUCUUCUCUUUUUUUCCCCCGUUUUUUGUUCUUCUCUUUUUUCCCCCUUUUGUUCUUCUCUUUUUUCCUCUUUUGUUCUUCUUCUUUUUUCCACCCGUUUUUCUUCUCUUUUUUCCACCUUUUUGUUCUUCUCUUUUUUCCCCUCUUUGUUCUUCUCUUUUUUUCCCCCGUUUGUUCUUCUCUUUUUCCCCAUUUGUUCUUCUCUUUUUUUUCCCCCGUUUUUCUCCCCGUUUUUUCCCCUUUUGUUCUUCUCUUUUUUCCCCCCGUUUUUUCUCCCCAUUUCCCCCCUUUUUCUUCUCUUUUUUUCCCCGUUUUAUUCUUCUCUUUUUUCUUCUCCCCUUUUUUUCUUCCCCCAUUUUUCUCCCGUUCUUCUUUUUUUUCCCCGUUUUUUUUUUUUUCCCAUUCUGUUUUUCUUUUUUCCCCCCGUUUUUUCUUCUCUUUUUUUCUUUUUUCUCUUUCCCCACCCCCGUUUGUUCUUCUCUUUCCCCCCCAUUUUUUUCCCCCCGUUUGUUCUUCUCUUUUCCCCUUUGUUCUUCUUCUUCUUUUUUCCCCCGUUUGUUCUUCUCUUUUUUCCCCCGUUUGUUCUUCUUUUUUCCCCGUUUUUCUUCUCUUCCCCCCCCCCGUUUGUUUUUCUCUUUUUUUUUUUCCCCCCUUUGUUCUUCUUCUUUUCUUUCUUCUCUUUUUUUUUUUCCCCCCGUUUGUUCUUCUCUUUUUUUUUCCCCGUUUGUUCUUCUUUUUUUUUCCCCGUUUGUUCUUCUCUUUUUUUUUCCCCGUUUGUUCUUCUUUUUUUUCCCCCUUGUUCUUCUCUUUUUUUCCCCGUUUAUUCUUCUCUUUUUUCUUUGUUCUUCUCUUUUUUCCCCCCCCCCCCCGUUUGUUCUUCUCUUUUUUCCCCCGUUUGUUCUUCUCUUUUUUUCCCCCUUCUCUUUUUUUCCACCCGUUUGUUCUUCUUUUUUUUUCCUCCGUUUGUUCUUCUCUUUUUUUUUCCCCAUUUGUUCUUCUCUUUUUUCUUCUCUUUUUUCCCCGUUUCUUCUUCUCUUUUUUCCCCCGUUUGUUCUUCUUUUUCUUUUUUCUUCUCUUUUUCUUCUUCUCUUUUUUCCCCCUGUUUGUUCUUCUCUUUUUUUCCACCCGUUUGUUCUUCUCUUUUUUUCCACCCGUUUGUUCUUCUCUUUUUUUCUCCCCAUUUGUUCUUCUCUUUUUUUUCCCAUUUGUUCUUCUCUUUUUUCCCCUUUGUUCUUCUCUUUUUUCCCCCUUUGUUCUUCUCUUUUUUCUCCCGUUUUUCUUCUCUUUUUUUCCCCCGUUUGUUCUUCUCUUUUUUCCACCCGUUUUUUCUUCUCUUUUUUUUCCCAUUUGUUCUUCUCUUUUUUCCCCCCCUUUUUCUUCUCUUUUUUCCCCGUUUGUUCUUCUCUUUUUCCACCGUUUUUUCUUCUCUUUUUUUUUCCGUUUGUUCUUCUCUUUUUUUUCCACCGUUUUGUUCUUCUCUUUUUUUGUUUUUUCUUCUCUUUUUUUUUUCCCUUUUUUUCUUCUCCCCCCCCGUUUGUUCUUCUCUUUUCUCCCCUUUUUUCUCUCCCCGUUUUUCUUCUCCCCCCGUUUUUCUCCCCCCAUUUUUCUUCUCUCAUCCCCCGUUUUCCCCCGUUUUUCUUCUCUUUUUUCUUUUUCUUUUCCUCCCCCAUUUUCUUUUCCCCCAUUUGUUCUUCUUUUUUUUUUUCUCUCUUUUCCCCCCCGUUUUUCUCUUUUCCCCGUUUGUUCUUCUUUUUUUCCCCCAUUUUCUUCUUCUUUUCCCCCGUUUGUUCUUCUCUUUUUCCCCCCAUUUGUUCUCUUUUUUCCCCCCGUUUUUUCUUCUCUUUUUCCCCCGUUUGUUCUUCUCUUUUUUUUUUUUUUUUUUCUCUUUUUUUUCCCCCGUUUGUUCUUCUCUUUUUUCCCCGUUUUGUUCUUCUCUUUUUUUUUCCCCGUUUUUUUUUUUUUUUUUUCCCCGUUUGUUCUUCUCUUUUUUUCCCCAUUUGUUCUUCUCUUUUUUCCCCCUUUGUUCUUCUCUUUUUUUCCCCGUUUGUUCUUCUCUUUUUUUCCCCCGUUUUCUUCUCUUUUUUUUGUUCCUUUUUUUUCCCCAUUUGUUCUUCUCUUUUUUUCCCCCCCGUUUGUUCUUCUCUUUUUUCUCCCCGUUUGUUCUUCUCUUUUUUUCCCCGUUUGUUCUUCUCUUUUUUUUCCGUUUUUCUUCUUUUUUCCCCGUUUGUUCUUCUCUUUUUUUCCAUUUGUUUGUUCUUCUUUUUUCCGUUCUCUUUUUUCUCCGUUUGUUCUUCUCUUUUUUUCCACUUUUUUUUUUCCCCACCUCUUUUUCUUCUCUUUUUUUCCCCGUUUUUCUUCUCUUUUUUCCCCGUUUGUUCUUCUCUUUUUUUCCACCCGUUUGUUCUUCUCUUUUUUUUUCCCGUUUUGUUCUUCUCUUUUUUCCCCCCGUUUGUUCUUCUCUUUUUUCCCAUUUGUUCUUCUUUUUUUCCCCGUUUGUUCUUUUUUUUUUCCCCGUUUGUUCUUCUCUUUUUUUCCCCGUUUGUUCUUCUUUUUUCUUUUUUUCUCUUUUUUUCCCCGUUUGUUCUUCUCUUUUUUUCCCCCGUUUGUUCUUCUUUUUUUUUUGUUCUUUUUUUCUUUUGUUUUUUUUUUCCCCGUUUGUUCUUCUUUUUUUUCCCCGUUUGUUCUUCCUUUUUUUCCACCCGUUUGUUCUUCUCUUUUUUUCACCGUUUGUUCUUCUCUCUUUUUCCACCCCCUUCUUUUUUUCCCCCGUUUGUUCUUCUCUUUUUUUCCACCCGUUUGUUCUUCUCUUUUUUUCCCCCCGUUUGUUCUUCUCUUUUUUUCCCCCGUUUGUUCUUCUCUUUUUUUCCCCCGUUUGUUCUUCUCUUUUUUUCCCCCGUUUGUUCUUCUCUUUUUUUCCACCCGUUUGUUCUUCUCUUUUUUUUUUUUCUUCUUUUUUUUCCACCCGUUCUUCUUCUUUUUCCCCCAUUUGUUCUUCUCUUUUUUUCCCCAUUUGUUCUUCUCUUUUUUUUCCGUUUGUUCUUCUCUUUUUUCUUUUUUUCUCUUUUUUUUUUCCCCCCGUUCUUCUCUUUUUUCCCAUUUGUUCUUCUCUUUUUUCCCCCUUUUGUUCUUCUUUUUUCCACCCGUUUGUUCUUCUCUUUUUUUUGUUCCUCUUUUUUUCUUCUCUUUUUUUUUCCCCAUUUGUUCUUCUCUUUUUCCCCCAUUUGUUCUUCUUUUUUUUCUUCUCCACCGUUUGUUCUUCUCUUUUUUCCCCCGUUUGUUCUUCUCUUUUUUUUCCCCCCGUUUGUUUUUGUUCUUCUCUUUUUUCUCCUUUCUCUUUUUUUUUCCCCGUUUGUUCUUCUUUCUUUUGUUCCCCCCGUUUAUUCCCCGUUUAUUUUUCCCCCCGUUUGUUCUCUCUUUUUCCCCCUGUUUGUUCUUCUCUUUUUUUCCCCCGCUUGUUCUUCUUUUUUCCCCCCCGUUUGUUCUUCUUUUUUCCCCCCACUUGUUCUAUUAUUCAUUCUCCUUCUCACUUUCCCAUUUUGUUUCCUUCUCCUUUUUCCCAAUCAAUUUUUAUCAUUUCACUUUCCUCCUCCUUCUCAAAUUUUUCUUCUACUCCUACCACCACUACCAUUAUUUCUAAAAAUCAAAUCAACUUCCUGGACAAAAUGUGGGAGUGA